ACCACACUCAGCCCUUUUCCCUGACAGCCUCGAGUGCCCAGAAAAUUGCAGUUUCAGGAAUUCACUUUCGGUUUUCAGUUUCGGUUUCCCAAAGACCUGAGCAGGAAGGAGCCGGAAGGAACAGCCUUGUGGGCGGCCGAACGCCUGCGGAGGGGGAGCAGGAGCUCCCCAGCCCUUCAGCCUCUGGGGAAAGCCUAGAGAAGCCCAGAGAAUCCAGCCGGGCCGGCCGCCUGGGCUGGUGGAGAUGGCGUUCUUUGAGGUCCCGUCUUACACCCCUGCAGACACGCUGUCUGUCUUCGUGGAGCAGAACCUUCAGCCGGACCCGGACUGGAAGGAGGAACUGAAGGAUGCCUGGCAGAGAAUAGAGCGUUUCUUUCGGGAACGCUGCUUCCGUGAUGAGCUGGUUCUAGACCAGGAAGUCAGGGUGCUGAAGGUGGUGAAGGGUGGCUCCUCUGGGAAGGGGACAACGCUGAACUACAGCUCUGAUGUGGAUUUGGUCUUGUUCUUGAGCUGCUUCUCCAGCUUCCAAGACCAGGCAGACCACCGCGAAUUUGUCAUCAACUUCAUUAAGAAGAGACUGACCAAGUACAGCAGGAGCCUGGCCUACAGCAUCACCAUGGUCCCACGGAAAGAGACCACCAGGGUCCCCCGCUCACUGUCCUUCCAGGUCCAGCUCAGGAAGAACAGUAAAGCCAUUGGAGUGGAUGUGCUUCCAGCCUAUGAUGCUCUGAGUAAAGACAAUAAUGAAAAUUUUUGCCGAGACUCUAAACCAUCACCGGAAAUCUAUGAAGACUUAAUAACCAGUGGUGCCCCCCCUGGGGAAUUCUCGCCAAGCUUCACAGAGUUGCAGCGGCACUUUGUGAAAAGUCGCCCUGUUAAGCUAAAGAACCUCUUGCGGAUGGUGAAGUACUGGCACCAGCAGAAAUUGAAACCUAAAUAUCGAAAUGCAGCAUUGCCCCCAAAAUAUGCACUGGAGCUAUUGACCAUCUAUGCCUGGGAAAUAGGCACAAACCAAAGCGAUAACUUCAGCCUGGAUGAAGGGUAUAGAGCUGUGAUGGAACUCCUCAUCAAUUAUCAAAACAUCUGCAUAUAUUGGACCAAGUACUAUGAUUUCCAAAAUGAGACUGUCAGAAUGUAUGUCAAACAACGUUUGAAGGAACGCAGGCCAGUUAUCCUGGACCCAGCUGAUCCUACCAACAACCUGGGAAGCAAAAAGAGAUGGGACCUGGUGGCCAGGGAGGCUGUUCGUGAACUGGAACAAGCCUGCUUCAGGACUGAAGACCCCAACCAGGCGUGGUACAUACAGCCAGCAAGGGAUGUCCAGGUGACGGUGAAAAAGGCAGGAGAGGAGGCCUGGACAUUCUCAGUGAACCCCUACAGUCCCAUCUGGAAGAUGAAAAUAGAGAUCAGGAGGAUAUGGGGCUUCGACGGGCAGCAGCGUCUCUCCUUCCAGGAGCCAGGUGGGGAGAGACAAAUGCUCAGCAGCCGGAAGACACUAGCAGAUUAUGGGAUCUUCUCUAAAGUGAACAUCCGGGUACUGGAGACCUUCCCUCCUGAGAUUCAGGUCUUCGUGAAGGACUCUAAAGGCCACAGCAAACCUUACGCCAUCCACCCUGAGGACUCCAUCCGUGACUUGAAAGAGAAGAUUGAGGAAGCUGGGGGACUUUCUGUGGUGGAUCAGAUACUAAAAUUCCAGAGUCGGACUCUGCGGAAUCACCGCAGCCUCUCAGACCUGCAGAUUAAAGACUGUGACACCAUCCUACUCACGAGGAGAACCUGAGUGAGGACAGGAUUAAGGUAUAGGCAGGGAGAGAUGGGGGUCCCUGGCUAGGCUCUGAGACUUGCAGAAGCACCAAGACAGAGUGAACAAGAGAUAAGGGAACAGCCCCCUGGCCUCAGAUGGCCGAUGGUCGGCAGUAUUUUUCUUUGGUGGCUACAAUGUAUCAUAGAAAAUGAACAAACCUCAAAGAAGUAUGUCAUUAAAGGUGUUAUCAAUA